GCAUGCCCCGCUCGCUGGAGCCGCCCGCGUCCCGCGCGGGGACUUUGCCUUCCGUGGGGGCCCGGCCGCGGGAGCGCCACCGGGAUGGUCGCGGAGCCGCAGCCGGAGGUGGAGAAGUUAAAGCCCAGAGAGGGGAGGACACUUGCUCAAAGGUGCACAAAUAGGAGGACUGCAGUGAAGUAACGCUGUGAAUGCAUACUUUUCUGAGGUGUGCCUAUUCCUCCUGCUGAGGACUUUUUCCAAUAGCUUUAACCCACUGGAGGAGCUGCCAGAAGCAUGGAGACUGUGGUGAUUGUUGCCAUAGGUGUGCUGGCCACCAUCUUUCUGGCCUCCCUCGCAGCCUUGGUGGUAGUGUGCAGGCAGCGGUACUGCCGGCCCCGAGACCUGCUGCAGCGCUAUGAUUCCAGGCCCAUCGUGGACCUCAUUGGCGCCAUGGAGACCCAGUCUGAGCCCUCAGAGUUAGAACUGGACGAUGUUGUCAUCACCAACCCCCACAUUGAGGCCAUUCUGGAGAAUGAAGACUGGAUUGAAGAUGCCUCGGGUCUUAUGUCCCACUGCAUUGCCAUCUUGAAGAUUUGUCACACUCUGACAGAAAAACUUGUUGCCAUGACAAUGGGCUCGGGGGCCAAGAUGAAGACUUCAGCCAGUGUCAGUGACAUCAUUGUGGUGGCCAAGCGGAUCAGCCCCAGAGUGGACGAUGUUGUGAAAUCAAUGUACCCUCCAUUGGACCCCAAGCUCCUGGAUGCACGGACAACUGCUCUGCUCUUGUCUGUCAGUCAUCUGGUGCUGGUAACCAGGAAUGCCUGCCACCUCACUGGGGGCCUGGAUUGGAUUGACCAGUCACUGUCAGCUGCUGAGGAACACUUGGAAGUCCUUCGAGAAGCAGCCCUGGCUUCUGAGCCAGAUAAAGGCCUCCCAGGCGCUGAAGGUUUCCUGCAGGAGCAGUCAGCCAUUUAAUACCUGCUGGCCAGCAGCUGACCAUGAGGGCCAGCCUGCUGCCAUCCUCAGUGGCUCCGCUGAGCCUUCCACUUUUUCCCGUAGAGUUAGUUCUCCCAUUCCAGCUGUGUGUGCACAGUAAAAUGGGAGGGCCCCAUCAGUUGUGUCUCUGUUGCAGUUGCAAUUGGUGGCUGGUGAGUGGCAGUCUAAUACCACAGUUGGGGGAGAUGACAUUUACCAUCUGUGUAGCAGAGCUUUGAAAGCUGGUGGAUUAGAAGCUUUAUUUAGCUCACCUAGUAUUUUCAAGAAAAUUGAGCCACCAUCUAAGAAUCAGGAGGUUUCACAUUAAAACCAGGAUUUCUGGCUUCUCCUGAGCAAUCAGAAGAUGAGGCAACUUUGAUUUGCAUUUUCAAAAGAGGGCAAUCCAUUGAAACUAGGAGUUGCCUUUUUUGACAAGACUUGUACUCUCUCAGCUGGCCUGUUUCACUUACUUGUAUUAUCUGCCUGGUCCUGAGGCAUCUGAUUCUCUUCUCCUUCCCAGGUUUGGGUUUGAAGGUGAGCACCACGGCUUGAUUAUUUCUUUUAUCACUGUGCCUGCAAUUUUACCCAGUUACCACUAGGGGGAUAGUAAACAUACACUUAGGUUUCUCAAGUUUGUGGUUAUUGAGUCAAAUUCAAAGGCCUGGUGUAUGGUGAGUGUCGGGAGCCAGUCCAAACCGCCCAUCUGAUGGCAGAGCCCAGAUGCCCAGAAAGAAGGAACUGCAAAGCGGACUUCUGAGAGGAACAACCCUGCUAUCUCUUAUUAUUAUUAUGGUGUUUAGAAAUGUUGUUAUCGGUCACUUAUACACCUAGAUUAGAAAACCAAAUUUAAAAUACUUUGGGAGAAAUGUUAGAGGGAAGACCCCCUUAAUUCUUCCAGGUGGUAAAGAUACCUCAAGACAAAUGCAGGGCAUAGAAGCCACAGGGCAUAAAUCUGCAAAGAAGUAAAAAGCUAACCUUUUCAAAGAACAUUGCUUCUCUCUCACUUACCAACUUCACAUUUCCCUGUAUGGCCCUGGAAGAUGACUGGUUAGCCAGAGAUGGGUAAGAUUCCUCAAGGGAGGAACAACCUAAGACAGGCACAGUCGCAGGGGGGCCAUCAGGUGAGAGAUUGGGGGUCAACAGAGGUGAGGCUCAGAACCUCACCCCCUCAGUUUUGAGAGAAAUCUUCUGUGCCCAUGACUGUUGCCCUUGUUUCGCUCGGAUCAAUACCCAGUUUAUAGGCAUGGAUCUGACAGUCUACACUUGCUUUCCUACUGCACUAAACUCUACUUUCCAUUCUUUAUUUUAUAUCAAUUUAAAUAUCUUUUAUGAAAAAGUAAACUGUGUUAAACAGCUUUCUAUUAGAAACUGUAAUCUUUAUUCUUUUUACCUACUAUUUCAACAUUUUAUUAAAAAAUAACAGGAGGGGGAUGCGGAGAAGAUAUUGGAAACAAGCAUCACGUUAUAAUAAAUAAGAAUUAUUUGAGUAGAUUCCAAUUCCCUCUCCCCGCCCAACUGGGCCCAUGAGGAAUUUCUAAAUGACUCCUAGACCUGUUGGGUCUCGGGAAAUAAUAGAACGAUAAAGGAAGGUCAUCAUGAAUGAUGGCAUGUCAAAGGGCCUGGCAUGAUUACAGAGACUCUCCCAAUAGAAAAGAUCCCUACCACAGAUAUUACUGUAAAUGGUUUAAGGAAACUCUAAGACAGACAUGCCCCUGCUUCCCUCCUUAGGAAGAGAAGUGGCCUGACUGGGUCCCUAUUCUUUCUGAUUCAGUGGUUAUUAUCCCCUUACAUCAUCCCCCCCAGAUGCAAAUCUCUACAAAACUGGUCACUUACCCAAGAGUACAGAGUUUUCAGUUCCCGCAAUUACAAUCAACUUAGUCUUGCUACACUGCUUUAAUGAUACAGUUUUGAUGUUUUUUAAUCUGCACGUAAUGCUCUAGAUCUAGAAAAAUAGACUUAGCUAUAUUUGUUAAUCAGAUGACUAGUAACCAUGGCUAUUUUAGAAUCAAUAAUAAGGAAACUGAAAUUAGGGCCCAGGCCAACCAGGCGUGAGGGAACAAGUCUUGUUUGUUUCAAGACCGCCAGGGAAGCCAAGCAAGCAUAAGUGCAAAAAAUUAAUGAUUGCUAAGGCGCCAAUAAUCUAAUUUCUAGAUUGACCUUUAUGUGAACAUUUUUUUUCUGAAAGAAUCAAAUGAUCUAAUCUCUGUGAAACUAUACUCAGAACAUAUAUAACCUUGCUAAAUUUCAAUAAAACAGGCCAGGCUCAGCUUUU